AUGUCCUCCACCUCACACCAUCGAAACACAAACCAGACAGCAGGUGCCAGUGCCAAGCAGCAGCUAGCUAGUAGUUCCAUUCGGUCCUAGCUAGUGCAGGCAUGGCCGCUGGGCUCUCCUUCAAGGCCGUGGCGCUUGCCGCGCUCCUCUCCGUGCUCGUCGCCUAUGGCGCUCGCGCUCAGCAGCAGCCGAGCAACGCCACGGAGUCCCAGGACAGGUCCUUGCUGUCCUACAGCGGUGGCUGGCUCCCGGCCAAGGCCACCUGGUACGGCGCGCCCACCGGCGCCGGCCCCGACGACAACGGCGGUGCGUGCGGGUUCAAGCACACCAACCAGUACCCCUUCUCGUCCAUGACUUCCUGCGGCAACGAGCCCAUCUUCAAGGACGGCAAGGGCUGCGGCUCAUGCUACCAGAUUCGAUGCCUCAAGAGCAACCACCCUGCCUGCUCCGGCGCGCCGCAGACGGUGGUCAUCACCGACAUGAAUUACUACCCGGUGGCCAAGUACCACUUCGACCUCAGCGGGACGGCGUUCGGCGCCAUGGCCAACCCAGGCCUCAACGACAAGCUCCGCCACGCCGGGAUCAUCGACAUGCAGUUCAGGAGGGUGCCGUGCAACUUCCCGGGCCUGACCAUCAACUUCGUCGUCCAACACGGCUCGAACCCCAUGUACCUGGCGGUGCUCGUCGAGUUCGAGGACAAGGACGGCGACGUGGUGCAGGUGGACAUCAUGCAGCACAACUCCGGCUACUGGGAGCCGAUGCACGAGUCCUGGGGAUCCAUCUGGAGGAUCGACCCCAACCGCCCGCUCCAGGGCCCUUACUCGCUGCGCAUCACCAACGAGUCCGGCAGGCAACUCGUCGCCAAGAACGUCAUCCCGGCCAACUACAUCCCCGACACCAACUACCGCUCCUACGUCCAGUACUAACUGCUCGCGUCGAUCGAUCAGAUAGCCGCAUGAUGAGCUCCAUCAUCGGCUUAAGUGUUCUCGCUUAGUGGUGGCCGGCCGUUGUUGGCAAUUGCGCUGAGGAUUUUUCACCUCAGUUCCAUUGUUGGUGUGUGUGUGUGUGUGUGUCCUGAAGAUUUGUGGGAAAUUAGAGGAGGCAAGCAUCAAUGUGCUCUCCCGCCCACUGUCACUCUACCAUUACCGGUGUGUAACCAGCAAAAUAUGGUCAUAAUUUAUACGUGUGCUGCUAUUUAACUAGCAUGCUGUCU